AUGGCUUCACCGCCGCCCGCGUCGUCCGCACCUCUCCAGGACGCCGCGCCAGCCAGCGGGUCCGACGCGGCGCAACAGCAGCGUUCCGCUCGGGCUCGGUCUCCGCGAUUCCCACCGCACAAUGCCCCGCGCACCUGGUUUCUGACGAAUGGCACGUCGCCCAUUAGCAUCGCCCUAGCCACUCAGCUUCUCGACCACGGCGAUCACGUUGUCGCCGGAGUACUUCCCGCCGAGUUCGAGCGCGAGAGCGGCCGGAGCGAGGAGUUCCGCAACUUCCUCGAUAGGGUCAGCAGCGCGGAAGGUGAUAAGGAGCGCUGGAAGGAACGGCUGCGUGUCGUGAGCCUGGAUGCUAGAGUAAUUGGCCAGUGCCAGGCUGCUAUCGCCGAAGCUGUUGAUGCCUUCCAGAAGGUUGAUGUGCUGCUUGGCUGCUCCAGCGAGACGGUCGUUGGCACGGUCGAGGAAUUGGCCCAAUCGACUCGGACCAUGAACCUUGUCCGUGACCAGUUCGAAACAACCUUCUUCUCCAAUGUGAACAUCAUCAAGGCCGUUUUGCCCACCAUGCGGGCUGCAAAGAAUGGUCACAUAAUCAUGCUGACAGGAACAACGGGCCAUUUGGGCACGCCGGGACUUGGCAUGUACUGUGCCUCGCAGUGGGCCAUUGAGGGAUACUGUGAUAGUCUGGCUUACGAGAUAGCGCCGUUCAACAUCAAGAUGUCCAUCGUCCAGCCAAACAUGGAAGUAAAUGUCUUGACAAACCGCAUUACCUCAGCUCCGCCUAUGGAAGAGUACGCGCCCGAUGUCAAUCCUGCACCUCUUUGCCGGGAAAUUUUUAGCGGCUUGCUGGAUAAGCUGGACACCAGGUCUGUUGGUCUCGCAAACCAGCCAUCACCAUCGGCGGAUGAUGAAGGUCCUUCUCCAGCCAGCACGGCCAACGUGCAUUCAACCGGAGAUCUCCUCUCAUCCCCACAAAUUACUUCGUUGUACCCCAUGCUGGACCCUUCUGUACGUUCCUCGUUGAUUGCGGAGACGGUUCAUGCUCUCACUGCCAUUGGAGGUCAUGAUAACCCACCUGCUCGCCAUAUUGUAGGAUUUGAAGGCGUUGCAAGUGUGAAAGAGAAGUUAAAAACUGUAAGUGAAGAGCUGGAAGAUUUCAAUGAGGUGAGCGGCGCAGUCGACAUCGGCAAGGGCGAGGAUGCAAUGGAUAUCACCCAAGGCUGA